AUGUCUGCCACUCAAGAACUCACCUUCGCGGAGAUCGCCAAGCACAACACCAAGAAGGAUCUCUACCUGAUCGUCAACGAGAAGGUCUACGACUGCAGCAGCUUCGUCGAUGAGCACCCUGGUGGCGAGGAAGUCCUCCUAGACGUCGGCGGCCAAGACAGCACCGAAGCCUUCGAAGACGUCGGCCACAGCGACGAGGCCCGCGAGAUCCUCGAGGGUCUGCUCGUCGGUACCGUCAAGCGUCUGCCCGGUGACCCCGCCCCCAAGUCCGUCGCCACCCCCAGCACCGACUCCUCCACCUCCACCUCUACCUCCGGCUUCGGCGUCGGCCUCUACGCCGUCAUCCUCCUCGGCGGUGCCCUCGCUUACGGCGCUUACAACUACCUCCAGGCCCAGCAGGCUCAGCAGUAA